AGAGAGAGAGAGAGAGAGAAGGGGGAGGAGAGGACAAGAGGGAAGGAGGAGGGCAUUAAGGAAGAAGGCAGGGAGUAUCAAUGACAUCAACCAGCAGUAUCUGAGGCCGCUCGACCGGCAAUGCUCUCCCGACACAAGGGCUGAGGAGCAGCCCGUGACCCGCUGCGUUCUCGAGAGGUCCGUCGACAGCCAGGACGGUGGGGGGAAAAACACCGGCGAUGAGUGCAUGCAUCCCCGACAAAGGCAGACCUUUCUGAGUGGAGCUCCGCUGCCACUGGAUUACAUUCAUCCUUGCUGUUUCCGAGGAAGCUUCCAGCUGCAAAUCCACCCACAUGAAUCUAGCAGACAGUAAAGAAGACAGAGCACUUCAUACCAAGAGUGCCUACCCUUGUUGAGUGAAGUCCUACCCGUAUCUCUGUCAUCUCCAAUCAACCCACGGUGGCACCAUGCCUCUGUCCAGGACAGGUAGCGCUCAGGCCCAGUCCAGGAGGCCUAUCCUGGGGCUUUGCCUUCGCCCCUCUCCCCUGUAUCUGCUGCUGCCUUUGAUUAUCCUGCUAACCGGCCCUUUGAGCAGCGUGUGUGGAGCACUAGCUCCCCCAAAGUUCACCAAUAUGCCCACGGACCAGAUCGGAGUGUCAGGGGGUGUGGCAUCAUUUGUUUGCCAGGCCACUGGCAAUCCCAAGCCUGUUGUCUACUGGAACAAGAAGGGCAAGAAGGUCAACUCCCAGCGUAUCGAGACCGUAGAGUUUGAUGAGGGUGCAGGUGCUGUGCUGAGGAUCCAACCUCUCAGAGCACCCCGAGAUGAGAACAUCUACGAGUGUGUUGCACGCAACAGUGAAGGAGAGGUGUCGGUCACUGCAAAGCUGGCUAUUAUUAGAGAGGACCUGUUGCCAUUUGGCUUCCCCAGUAUAGACAUGGGUCCCCAGCUGAAGGUGGUUGAGCGGACGAGGACAGCCACCAUGCUGUGCGCUGCCAGCGGCAUCCCCGACCCGGAGAUCUCCUGGUUCAAAGACUUCCUGCCCAUCGACCCCGUCAGCAGCCAGGGUCGCAUCAAACAGCUCCGAUCAGGAGCGUUGCAGAUCGAGAACAGCGAGGAAACGGACCAAGGGAAGUACGAGUGUGUGGCCACCAACUCUCAGGGCGUGCGCUACUCUUCCCCUGCCAACCUGUAUGUGCGAGAGCUUCGAGAAGUGCGCCGUGUGCCCCCUCGUUUCUCCAUCCUCCCCUCCAACCAUGAGAUCAUGCCAGGAGGGAGCGUCAACAUCACCUGCGUGGCCGUGGGUUCGCCCAUGCCCUACGUCAAGUGGAUGCUGGGAAGCGAGGACUUGACCCCAGAGGAUGAAAUGCCGAUUGGACGGAACGUGCUGGAGCUGAACGGCGUCCGCGAGUCUGCAAACUACACUUGUGUGGCCAUGAGCAGCCUGGGUAUCAUCGAGGCCACCGCUCAGGUCUUAGUAAAGACUUUACCAAAGCCUCCUGGCACACCCAUAGUCACAGAGACCACCGCCACCAGUGUGACCAUCACCUGGGACUCCGGCAACCCUGAUCCUGUCUCCUACUACAUCAUCCAGUACAGAGCCAAAGGGCCGGACAGCAAGUACGAGACGGUGGACAGCAUCACCACCACCCGCUACAGCAUCGGGGGGCUGUACCCCAACACUGAGUAUGAAAUCAGAGUGUCGGCCUUCAAUAGCAUCGGCCAGGGGCCCCCCUCUACCCGUGUGGAGGCCCGUACAGGAGAGCAGGCCCCGGCCAGCCCUCCCCGAAACGUCCAGGCCCACAUUAUAUCUCAGAACACGGUGAUGGUCCGCUGGGAGGAGCCGGAGGAACCCAAUGGACAGGUGAAAGGCUAUCGCGUGUACUACACCAUGGAUCCGUCCCGGCCGAUGAAUGAGUGGCAGAUCCAUAACGUCCAGGACAGCGUGAUCACCACCAUUCAGAACCUAGUGACCUCGGAGACGUACACCAUCCAGGUCCUCGCCUUCACAUCUGUAGGGGACGGACCCUUCUCAGACCCCGUCCAUGUUAAAGUUAUGCCUGGAGUCCCAGGCCAACCGGGGAAGUUUAAAGUCGGUAAGGUGGCAGACACCAACAUUGAGCUGACCUGGGAACCUGCUUACACAAAGGAGGGCAUUGUCAACUAUGAGCUGCUCUACAAACCUGUCAAGUUUGGCAGCUUGGAGAAGCUGAGCUUCGGGCCGAGGAACUCGUACACAGUGGAGGGUCUGAAAGCCAACACAGAGUACUCCUUCUCCCUGGCCGCCAUCUCAAACAAAGGCAUCGGAGCUUUCACCAACGAGCUGGUGCAGAGGACGUCACAAGCCAAUGUGCCGAGGAAUUUCUCAGUCAAUCUGGCCACUAAGACCAGUGUUCUUCUGACCUGGGAGUUUCCAGAGAGCAGCAACCCCUAUCGCUUUACUGUGGAGUAUAACCGACAGAAGAUGGAAGUGGACGCUCGUCUGAGAAAGGCAGUCAUCCCAAACCUCCAGCCUGACACCAGCUACGACUUUAAGAUCACUGCUCCAGAGGGCAACAUGGGAGGCCUUCGCCACCGGAUCUCUGCCAAGACCUCCCCGCCAAUCACCAUCCGCCGCCCUGAGAUUGACCACACCCGUGACACUGAGACCACAGUCACCAUAAUCCUGCCGUCGCUGGAGAAUCGCUCUCCUGUCAAGAAUGUGUAUGUUGUUGUGGUUCCGCUGAGGAGAGCCCGCGGCGUCAUCAGACACCUCAAGAGCCCAGAUGAAAUGGACCUAGAGGAGCUGUUAAAAGACAUCAGUCAAAAGCAAAGGGAUUCUCGGCAGCAGAAGCAGGUGGACCUGCGGCGGGCUUACAUCACAGCCCGUUUCACACCUGCCACCCUGCCGGCCUUCUUCACCCUGGGGGACCAGCUGGACUACGGAGGCUUUGAGAACCGAGCUCUAGAGCCGGGGCAGGAGUACGUCUUCUUCAUCCUGGCCGAGCUCAACUCCACAACCGGGAAAAUGUACGUGGCGAGCCCCUACACAGAUCCCGUGAUCGCCCCAGAUUCAGACCCCCAGCCCCUCGACGCUGGAGAUGGUCUGAUCUGGGUGGUUGGACCCGUCCUGGCUGUGGUCUUCAUCAUCUGCAUCGUCAUCGCUAUCCUCCUUUACAAAAACAAACCUGACAGCAAGCGCAAGGACUCUGAACCCGGAACAAAAAGCCUUUUGAGCAACGCAGAGAUGAUGGCCCAUCACCCAACAGACCCUGUGGAGAUGAGACGCAUUAACUUCCAGACUCCUGGAAUGAUGAGCCAUCCUACCAUCCCCAUCAGCGAGCUGGCUGAGCACAUAGAGGUGCUGAAAGCAAACGACAACCUGCGACUCUCCCAGGAGUACGAGUCCAUCGACCCGAGUCAGCAGUUCACCUGGGAGCAUUCAAACCUGGAGGUCAACAAGCCCAAAAACCGCUAUGCUAACGUCAUCGCGUACGACCACACCAGAGUCAUCCUGGCUCCCAUAGAAGGUAUCCAGGGGAGCGACUACAUUAACGCCAACUACAUUGAUGGCUACAGGAAGCAAAAUGCCUACAUCGCUACCCAGGGGCCGCUGGCGGAGACGUUCGGGGACUUUUGGAGGAAGGUGUGGGAGCAGAGGGCCGCCUCUGUGGUCAUGAUGACGCGCCUUGAGGAGAAGUCACGGAUAAAGUGUGACCAGUACUGGCCGAGUCGUGGCACAGAGACAUACGGGAUGAUCCAGGUCACCCUGCUGGACACGAUGGAGCUGGCCACCUUCUGUGUCCGCACCCUUUCCCUGCACAAGAGUGGCAGCAGUGAACGACGAGAGGUGCGUCAGUUCCAGUUUACAUCCUGGCCCGAUCACGGUGUGCCAGAGUAUCCCACCCCCUUCCUCAACUUCCUCCGCAGGGUCAAAGCCUGCAACCCUCCUGAUGCCGGACCUAUCAUCGCUCACUGCAGUGCUGGCGUUGGUCGAACCGGUUGUUUUAUUGUCAUCGAUGCCAUGCUGGAGCGCAUUCGACACGAGCGCACUGUGGACAUCUACGGUCACGUGACCCUGAUGCGCUCACAGAGGAACUACAUGGUGCAGACGGAGGACCAAUACAGUUUUAUCCACGAGGCCCUGCUGGAGGCUGUGGCCUGCGGGAACACUGAGGUGGCCGCCAGGAGUCUUUACUCUUACAUGCAGAAGCUGUCCAAGGUGGAGCCUGGAGAGCACAUCACCGGCAUGGAGCUGGAGUUCAAGCGGCUGGCUAACACCAAAGCCCACACGUCCCGGUUUGUGACAGCCAACCUGCCUUGCAACAAAUUCAAGAACAGACUGGUCAACAUCAUGCCCUAUGAAACCACCCGCGUCUGUCUCCAGCCAAUCAGAGGCCUGGAGGGCUCCGACUACAUCAACGCCAGUUACAUAGAUGGAUACAGGCAGCAGAGAGGCUACAUUGCCACUCAGGGGCCACUGGCUGAAACUACGGAGGAUUUCUGGAGGAUGCUGUGGGAACACAACUCCACUAUAGUGGUCAUGCUCACUAAACUGAGAGAAAUGGGACGGGAGAAGUGUCACCAGUACUGGCCUGCAGAGCGCUCAGCCAGAUACCAAUACUUUGUGGUGGACCCCAUGGCUGAGUACAACAUGCCUCAGUACAUCCUCCGAGAGUUCAAAGUUACGGAUGCCAGGGAUGGCCAAUCACGGACCGUGCGUCAGUUCCAGUUCACUGAUUGGCCAGAGCAAGGUGUGCCCAAAUCUGGGGAGGGCUUCAUCGAUUUCAUUGGCCAAGUGCACAAAACCAAGGAGCAGUUUGGCCAGGAUGGACCAAUCAGCGUUCACUGCAGUGCUGGCGUGGGGCGGACAGGUGUCUUCAUCACUCUGAGUAUUGUCCUGGAGAGGAUGCGUUACGAAGGGGCGGUGGACAUCUUCCAGACUGUCAAAAUGCUGCGCACACAGAGACCAGCCAUGGUGCAGACUGAGGAUGAGUACCAGUUCUGCUACCAGGCUGCUCUGGAGUACCUGGGUAGCUUUGACCACUAUGCAACGUAAGUGAAGAGACAACCACCCAUCCAUCUUUCUGCUUCGAGGUCCACAAACAAACCGACGAGUGAAACAAGAGAAAGACGGCCUGAAAUAACGUGAACAUUGAACCUUUUUCUGGGAGCAACACUCAAAGAUGAAUUCUACACCAACAAGGACAAAAAGCAACAACAAAAACAACAACAACAAAUCUGUGUCUAACAGCACCCACACUGUGUGGAGACUAUCUAUGUGUAAUCCAUAUACUUACCUCAGUGUUCCAGUGUGAAGGACGUAUAAUACAUGUGUGUUGUGGUCAGCUAUCUCCAAUAUGAACCAGUGAAAUACAAACGGCUUCUGAACAGGAAUUACAAUACUAUAUGUGUAUUAAAAAAAGAAAAAAGAGAAAAAGAAAAAAACACAAAGAGCCUGGAUAUUUGCUGCACCCUAUAUGGGCUUUUUAUCCUCAACUUUGUAUCUAUUGGUUUGGUGUACUAAGGGGUUACAAAGUGCAAAGGUGAACAUUUCUAUGUGUCUGUGAGUCUAUUUCAAAGGUGUCUACUGCUGCCACAGGUAGCUCUGGUUAUAGGUUAUAGUUUAAAGCAGAUGACGGUAGAGACUCAACACCCCGAGAACUGUUGGAGAAGCAUGUGGAUGCUCAUUUACCCGACGUACAGUGCCAAGAGAAACCAAUGCAUCGUGAACAUGAACUGUGGCCCUACAAGGAGAGAUGGCUCCCUCCUCCAGCGUAACAAAAAGUCAGACUAGAGACCGCUCUUACACACGCUGGCCAAGGAUCAGUUCACGCUCGCUCUCCAAUUGUGUCCUCGCUGAGUAACAGCCGACCUCAGAACAUUGAUUAGAGCCCGUCAUAUCCUCAACUUGGGCUGAGAUUUGUAGUCCAGUGCAUUCUUCGUCAAACAAAGCUUGCUUGCUAUUUGCUGUAGUCCUUGUUCAUCCUCCAGCUCAUCUCCUCUUGAAGUCAGCCCCAUUGUGUCAGCUCAGCAGCGGCUCAUUGAAAGAGAUGCUAAUGAAAGCUUCAAUCCCGUUAAAGCGGCUCACAUCCCAUUUCUGCUGACAUGAUUUUUGUGUGUUUUUACUGUACGUCUUUGCCUUACGCUGACUUCUUUCUUGUGUUUAAACAUGCUGCUUAAUGUUCAUGUAUUGUGUGCUAAACCUUUAUUGUCAUACAGUAUCUUAAAUCGAGGAUGAAAGUUGUUUCCUAAUCAUCUUAGUCCUCUGAAGCUUACCUACUUGAAUUGCACGACUUUGCAGUUAAAUCAGUCUGGUGUUUUACUAUUUAACGCUACUGACGGUGAAACAUAAUGAGAGAAAUCCAAAAGAACAUUCAGCGCGGUGGUGAAUUGCUCACUUUCAACAGUCCUCUCCCCUCACCCACCUCCAUAUAAACUCCAUUUAAAUUCUCUCUGUUCCUAAACCACACUGUACAGAACAUCCCAACUUAACCAAAUGAUGUUUUCCCUCUCCGUCUGCUCCAGUAGAACUGCACAAGUCCGUGAUAUCGAUAUAUAUCUUUUCUUGAUUUGACAUAUAAUCAUAAUUUGUGCCACGUGGUGAUUGAAGAGCACAGAGAUGUUCCGGUGAAUCAGACAUUUCGGUUUCACAGAUUUUGUACAUACAGUCUAUCAUUGGAGUCCUAUACAGUACAGUUACAUGCGUCUGAGCACAAGAUAUAACGUGGGAUUGGAUGUGAUGUAGUUCUUAUUGUCGCAAAAAAAAGCCUUAUUGUUAUUGUUCACUUUGUCAUAUUUAUUUCAUAUGAUUUUUUAAGAUAUUUAUUAUUCUAUUUUGUUACUUUUUAUGUUUGUUUUGAAUCUAUUUAUUUGGGAUUAUCUACCAACUAUAACCAAUAAGAUGUUGUUUACCUGUUUCUUUGGCGAGCCGAUGUUAAAGUAUGAUAUUGUCAUGUUUGUUUUUUUAUUUUUAAUGGUCAGUUUUGGUGCUUUUUUAUUUGCUUUAUUAUGAUAAAGUAUGCCCUCUGUGUAGGGUGCUAUUUGAUACUGAUUACUGAUGUCCAACUAGUUAGCUAGAGAUGUACAUUAGAGGCGACCUAGUUUUAAGUUUACAGUGAUGCCCUUUUGAUGCCCUCCCACACUCGACCUCCACAGCAACAGCAGUGGUGUGAUCGAUUACAGCAACAGAGGUAUGGUCCGCCCCACCGUGAUAGGUUUAAGGGCAUCAGAGAAAUUAGAUUUAUAGAGCAGAUUUGUUGGCGAAAACCUCGAACAAGCUGUUGGUAUUUAGUUUGCUGGAAAGCACAUGGUAGCAAGUGUAUUUUUGACAGAGAAUGGGUUAAGAAGCUACACGCACCCUCAAAAGUUAAUGUUUAUAUCUGAAAGGAUUCUGAUAUGAAAUUAAAUGUGGGGUCCAGAAGUCUUGACAGUGUGUGACAUAUAUAAAAUAUGUUAUUCCUUCAAUUUCUAAUGAUUAUUGUGUCAAGAGAAAUGUAAAUUCACACACAUGAAACAUUGUAUGACAUGUGUUGAGGGCCAGCUCUGAUGACGCCCCCCCCCCCACCCUCCCUCACUUAUGUACCUGUUCUUUCCUUUCAAACCAUGGAUGUAGAUAUUGUAUCUUGACUUUGUAUUAAAAGCAGGAUGAUUGGAUAUACAGCACAUAUGA